AUGUCUUCAGAAGAUUCACUUUAUUCAAGAUAUAAAAAUGCAGCCUCUAUAUCUCUUCCUCCAACCUCACAAUGGGCAUUAGGUGUAGGAAAUAUUACUGCACCUUAUCCGUUAUCUUUCAAGGCUGAAAGUUCUGUAAUGGGUCAUGAUAAAACAAAGGAUAAAGAAUUGUUUCCACAAACAACUCCCGUAAGAAGAACAAGACCAUCAUCUAACCUUGACAAAACACCGUUGGCUACUCAAAAGCCAACUCUCGGUCCGUCACAUUUAGCUGGACAGACUCCAUUCAUAGGUCAUACGUCCUUAUUUACAUCAUCCUCUCAGGAAGAACGGGAACCACAAUCUCCUAUUGUUGGUAAUAGUUAUACUGCUUUGAAACGUCCCUCACAAGUCCCACUUUCACAAUUUGACGAAAAAUUGAACAUCAAAGAAGAUCCAUCGAUCGCAACAACAUUUGAUCCAGAAAAAGACAGACAAUUAUAUGAAACAGCAGUGGGUUUUUAUAGAAGUUUUAGUAAGGGUAGCAGUCAGGAAAACGAAAGCUUCUUCUGGGAAUGUUGA